ACGCACGUAGCGUCAGAUCCUCGCCGACCAUGGCGGAAUGUGGCGAACUACACAGCGGCUCGAGAAGACACACCAUGGAUAAAAGCAUCACUCUCCCGCCCGACGAAAUAUUCCGCAACUUGGAAAACGCCAAGCGGUUCGCGAUAGACAUCGGGGGAUCUCUCACUAAGCUCGCCUAUUACUCAACAGUCCAACACAAGGUGGCCAAAGUGCGAUCUUUCGACCACACUGCAAAGGAGGCCACCAGCGACGAGCUGUAUGAAAUAUCUAUGCAGGAGGAGGUCACUGCGCGGCUGCACUUCAUCAAGUUUGAAAACGCCUACAUCGAGACGUGCUUGGACUUCGUCAGAGACCACCUGGUCAACACGGACACCAAAGUGAUCAAAGCCACAGGUGGAGGGGCGCACAAGUUCAAAGAACUCAUCGAGAGGAAACUGGGCCUCAGGGUGGACAAAGAGGACGAGAUGACCUGUCUCAUCAAGGGCUGUAACUUUGUGCUGAGGAACAUACCGCACGAGGCCUUCGUGUACGCCAAGCACGCCGACUCCGAGUUCCGCUUCCAGACGACUCAGCCCGACAUCUUCCCGUACCUGCUCGUCAACAUCGGCUCCGGAGUGUCCAUCGUCAAGGUCGAAUCAGAGGACAAAUUUGAGCGAAUAGGAGGAAGCUCGAUAGGCGGAGGGACGUUCUGGGGCCUCGGCGCGCUGCUCACCAAAACAAAGAGGUUUGACGAGCUGCUCCAGUUGGCCUCAAAAGGGCAGCACACGAGCGUCGAUAUGCUCGUCAAAGACAUCUACGGAGGGUCUUACGGGUCUUUGGGCUUGACCGGAGAUCUCAUCGCGAGCAGUUUUGGAAAAUCUGCGACUGCUGACAAAGGAGGGUUCUCUAAGGAAGACAUGGCCAAGAGCUUACUGCAUAUGAUCAGCAACGACAUCGGGCAGCUGGCCUGUCUCUACGCCAAACUGCACAGCCUGUCCCGGGUGUACUUCGGCGGCUUCUUCAUCAGAGGACACCCCGUCACGAUGCACACAAUCACCUACAGCAUCAACUUCUUUACCAAGGGUGAAGUUCAGGCCUUGUUCCUAAGACACGAAGGAUAUCUCGGAGCCAUUGGAGCAUUCCUUAAAGGGGCCGAGGAGGACAAUCCGAACCAGUACAGCUGGGGGGAGAAUUACGCGGGCAGCUCGGGCCUGAUGAGCGUCUCUCCGGACAUGAACCCCAUGCAGCGAGCUCGCAGUGGGACGUUCGACAUGUUGGAGAUGGACCGCCUGGAGAGGAAGCUGGUGAACCUGCCUCUGCUGCAGGACGCCUCGUCCUACAUCCCCGACACCGUGGACCUGACGGAGGACGCGCUCGCCCGCGAAUACUGGCUGUUCUGCUUCGAGGAGGCCCUCGACGGGGUGGUCAAGCGAGCUUUGGCGAGUCAGCCCGACAUUCCCGAGGCGGCGGAGCGAGCGGAGAAGUUCCGGCAGAAAUACCGCCACAAGCUUCAGACCCUCCGCCACCAGCCUUUCGCCUACGGAUCCCUCACCGUCAGAAGCCUGUUGGACACGAGGGAACACUGUUUGAACGAGUUCAACUUCCCCGAUCCCUACUCGAAGAUCAAACAGAGGGAGAACGACGCGGCGCUCAAGUACUACCAGAAGGCGGUGCAGGCCCUGGAGGCGCUGAGCUGGGAGGAGAGGCAGUUCGCCCUGGUCCGGGGGGUCCUGGCCGGGAACGUCUUCGACUGGGGGGCCAAGGCCGUGUCAGACGUACUCGAGUCUGACCCGGAGUUCGGGUUUGAGCAGGCCAAGCGACAGUUGGAAGAGCGGCCGUGGCUUGUGGAUUCCUACGACCAGUGGUUUGAGAGGCUAAAGGGUCCGCCUCAUAAGUGUGCCUUGUUUUUCGUAGAUAAUAGCGGAGUAGACAUCAUUCUAGGUGUGAUGCCUUUUGUCCGAGAGCUUCUCUCUCGAGGAACGGAGGUCGUUUUGGCCAGCAACUCCAGUCCGGCUCUGAACGACGUAACGAACGGUGAGCUGCAGAUACUGGCCGAAAGCAUCGCCGCCAUGGAUCCAGUGAUUCAGGCUGCUCUGAGGGACGACAGGUUGACGUUGGUCCAAAGUGGUUCCAGCUCUCCCUGCCUGGAUCUGAGUCGCCUGGACAAAGUGCUGGCGAUGGUGGUGCGCGAGCGGAAGACGGACCUGGUGAUCAUCGAGGGGAUGGGCCGCGCCAUCCACACCAACUACUACGCCAUGCUCAGCUGCGAGAGCCUCAAGAUGGCCGUCAUCAAGAACUCGUGGCUGGCGGACCGCCUGGGCGGGAAGCUGUUCAGCGUGGUCUUCAAGUACGAGGUGCCGGCGGCGGGCGGCGAGGUGCCGGCGGCGGGCGGCGACUCGCCGGCGGCGCUGACGCCCUCGUGAGCGCACGGAACAGACGGGGCUCGGGGUCGCGUUGUUUGAAGGGUGAUCGCCGGCGGGGGGUGCGGGGGGUGUAUGAUUUUAAAAACGGCGUGGAUUUUCAGUUGCUUUUCUCGCUGGUUCGAUGUCACUUAGCUCGCCGCAGUCGUUUGCUGACUGUUGGGACGGAUGACAUCAUCAUCAUCAUCAUCAUCAUCAGCGAGCGGGAAACGGAUGAGAAACACUCAUUUUUCAUCCGUUGUCGGCGUGCAGCGGCGCGUGGACCCGUUGGAUGUGAGACUCUUUUCACUCGAGUCGAUUGGGGGGGAGGAAAAAAAAAAAAAGCACACAAACAUCCACAGAAGUCUCCUGCUUAUUUUCUGAUUGAAUUGAGAUUGAUAAAUGAAUCCCUUGUGUCCCGUAGGAGAAGCAGAGCUUUGUCACUAAGUCAGUGGGUGGAGGUCCUCCACCAGGUGGCAGUGUUCCACUGUCACAUAGUGGUCUUUUUUUAAAAUCAUGGUUCCUCAAGUCUUUGCCACGGUGCUUCGUGAGCAAAUGAACGCUGCACAUUUCAGGUUUAAGACUGCACGAAUCUGGCGUGUACAAGUACGCGCUGAGAUCCGUCCACCAAGAAAAAAGGCAUCUGCUUGGAAGCAAUAAUGAAGCAGCAGCUAUUUGUAAUAAACAAAACGUGAGAAGUUGCUGAAUGUUUUGGCGCCAAACAUCAGGCGGGAUGUCAUUUAAAAGAAAGUUGCUUGACAUCAGAUUGUAAUAUUGUAUUUGGCAUAUGUACAUACAUUAUGUGAUAGGUGUGUGUGUGUGUGUGUGUGUAUAUAAUACACACAUUUAUAAAAUGAACUGAUCACUUAUGCACACAGAGCACGUGUGUAUUAUUCUCCUGACAAUCGAUUUUAAUUAAACUGUGAAAACUU